AUGGAAGAAAGAAGAACAUCAUCAGCUGCUAGGAGCAGGUCGCAUUCAACACCCAAUGGAAAUGCUAGUCAACAUAACUCGUUCAGUUUGUGGAGGUAUCUACUGGUGGAACUGAACGUGCCUCACAUUCUGAACAAUGGCGUUCAGUCUAAACCCGUCACCGUGGAAGAAGAUUCUGGGGCCAUUCAAGUUAAUGAGUUGUUGAACUUUGCAAAAGUGCCAAUAUGGCUGGAAAAGUUCAUGGCAUUUGGGUUAUUGUACAGUCUCAAUGAGUUCCUGACCCUGCUCACACUGACACCUUUGCGAGUGCUGAUACACGGUCUCUCUGUAAUGAGAUUUCAAUUUAAAAUGAAAACCACAGAUCUUUCGUCUUCAGGAUGGCGAUACUCAUAUUUGAAAAGGGAUACGCUAUGGGUGCUCUUGGUAGGCGCCAGUCUGUUCACGCUGAACAGUCUCGAUACGUCCAAGAUCUACCACAACAUCCGUGCAGGCACGGCCAUGAAGCUCUAUCUCAUGGUGGGAGUGCUGGAGGUUGCUGAUAAGCUGCUUUCUGCGCUUGGUCAGGAUUUAAUGAAGUUGCUGUUCAGAAUGAGAAUCUCCAAGACCAAGAGGAAGGAGAAGUCGGAGGAGCUGUGUGUGGUGAUCGAUUUUUAUCGUCUUUUGGAGCUAUCUGGUGUUUUUGGUCUAUGCAUCGCAUACCUGUGUCUUCAUUGCCAUAUUUUUGUUUACCAGAUCAUGGCCCUGAACGUUGCCAUUAACUCCUACUCCAACGCUCUUCUGACCCUCAUCCUGUCCAACCAGUUUUCAGAGCUGAAGAGUACCGUUUUCAAGAAGGCCGAAAGAGAGGGCCUGUUCCAGAUUAGUUGCGCUGAUCUGACCGAAAGAUUUCAAUUGUUGGUUGAGUUAUUCAUUAUUAUCUCGAGGAAUCUUUUCCAACUAUACAGCACCGGGUCUGUGGGCAAUCUCUUCAACACGGGUCUCAAGCCCAACUCAUGGGUUUCGCAAUUAACGUUUUCUCCUUCUCUCAACAACUGGAUUGGUGUUUUGAUGGGCCCCACAUUCAUUGUGAUUGGAUCUGAGGUAUUGGUUGACUGGCUCAAACACCUGUACAUCACCAAGUUUAACCGCAUUCAGCCCAAAAUAUACGGCAAAUACCUCACGGUUCUUUCUUCCGAUUACAUGUCUAGCCAUCGUCUUGACAUAAAUGGCGAGAAUCCUGAUCUAGGGUCAACCGAUGUGACUCUGACGCGAAGAACCGGACUGCCAUUGGCUACAGUGGUGGUGGUUUUCACCAAGAUGACCGUUUUUCCAUGGGUGAAGAGUCUGGUUUUGACCCAUGAUAGCGAUGGCUCUUGGGAGAUAAGCUUGCAGGGUCUUUUUCUGGUGGUUUUUGGGUUUUUGGUAGUAUUGUUCCUGAGGCUAACCCUUUCGCUUGUGCUGUUGAGGUGGGCCAACAGAACUGUCAAGCGGUCUCUAGCUCGGUCGAGGGCUUCCGGCCAAUCGUCCGUGAUUCAGGCCCUUGGUGAUUACAUGCCGGGACCACCCAAUACUUCGCUGGUGGAGCUGGACCAGGAUGCAAGAUCUCAGCUUUAUGAUGCGGACGAGAAGAUUCCUCCUUCGCUGGAAGAACUGAGGAGAGCGAAGCUGAUCAAAAGAACCUCAGGCAGGUUUGAUACCGAGGACAAGUUGGAUGGGGUUAUGAGGUAUGAGAUGGCCGAUAAAAGGAUAUGGUGA